GCACGAGGCUCACCGCCCCUUCGCCACCAGCUGUUUCCACCUCUGUGCUCCUCCGGCCGUCAGCCCGCCGCCGAGCUGCCCCCGCGUUUCAAAUGCAGCAGCGACCAUGACAGGCAUCGCCGCUGCUUCUUUCUUCUCCAACGCUUGCAGGUUCGGCAGCUGCGGACUCCACUUUGACUCCCUGGCUGAGCUCAUCUUGCACAUCGAGGAUAACCACAUCGACACAGACCCCCGCCUUCUGGAGAAGCAGGAGCAGCAGCAGCCCACCUAUGUCGCCCUCAGCUACAUCAACAGGUUCAUGACGGAAGCUGCGAGGCGAGAGCACGAGGCGCUGAAGAAGAAGAUGCAGCCCAAGUUGUGUCUGUCUUUAACGGGAAGCCUGUGUCGCAGCAGCGGAAACCUCACCCCUCCCGUCACGCCGCCCAUCACCCCCUCGUCGUCCUUUCGCAGCAGCACGCCCACGGGCAGCGAGUGCGACGAAGAGGAGGUGGACUUCGAGGAGUCCGACAGCGACGAGUCGUGGACCACAGAGAGCGCCAUCAGCUCCCAGUCCAUCCUCAGCUCCAUGUGCAUGAACGGCGGCGACGAGAAGCCCUUCGCUUGCCCCAUCCCGGGCUGCAAAAAGAGAUACAAGAACGUCAACGGGAUCAAGUAUCACGCCAAGAACGGCCACCGGACGCAGAUCCGAGUGCGCAAACCCUUCAAGUGCCGCUGCGGGAAGAGCUACAAGACGUCUCAGGGUCUCCGGCACCACACCAUCAACUUCCACCCGCCCGACAUCAUCCAUUGCAAGAUGCACCAGUAGCGCUCUCGCCGGCAUGUUUUCUCCUCAUCAUCAUCAUCUUCAUCUUCUACUUCUGCUCCUCUGCUCACCGUGCGCUACGACACUAGAUUUGUUUUGCAUGCUUUAAAGUGGGAUAUUAUUCACUUUGGAUUUUAUUCUGAAUGUUCAAUCGUAAAAGUUGGUUUUGUAAUUUGCACAUUGAAGCUACGAUUUUUUUUUUAUUAAUUUUUUUUUUUUUUUUUUUUAACUUGUGGAUUUAUAUGGUUCUUAUUGGUGAUGUUUCAGAUUAGAAAGAUUUUUUGUUUACUUUGCAAAAUGCCUUUGUCAUUCGACGAUGUGCCAAACCGGGACCCACACGGAAGCCGUGGCAGCAUGUCGUCCGAGUGGUUAGCACACAUGCCUCACAGUUAACAAGUCAUGGUUUCGAAUCCAGGGAUAUUUUUUCCCGUGCUUGUGUGGGUUUUCUCUGGGUACUCCAGUUUCCUCCCACAUUCCAAAAACAUGUGUUAGGUUAAUUGAAGAUUCGAAAUUGUCCUUAUGUGUAAAUGCUUGUGUGUCUAUGUGCCCUGCGAUUGGCUGGCAACCAGUCUAGGGUGCACCCCAGCUAUAGAAAAUAAAUGGAUUGAUAUACCUAAUUUUGUAGCCAGUGAGAAAAACAGGGAAGUCCUAAUUUUACAUGAAUAAAGUCAAAAUAUUACAAAAAUAAAGAUGUAGCUUUCCUACUUUUACAAGAAUAGAAUUUUGCAACAAAAGAAAAAAGUCCCAGCGAGAUGGAGACUAUGUCAGCUGACUUUAAGCACGAGACGGUGUGCAUCCUGGACUGGUUGUCAGCCUUGUCAUGUUUUUUUUUAUAUAUUACAAUAUGGAUUUCCGCAUUAACUCUCUGUAACGUUAACUUUUUUUUGUUGAAAAAUGUCGACUUUAUUCCUGCAAGCAUGGCCCUGCUUCCUAUUUACAACUGGUGAUGUUACUGAUUGUUUUUGUUGUUGUUUUUUGUGGCUAGUGUCUAUAUGUUAUCUGAUGUUUCAGUUCCACAUUUGAAUCAGCUGUUUGUGUGUUUUUUUUUGUUUUGUUUUUUUUUUAAUUCUCCCAUUGCCAUUGCCAGUGUGCGAGCACCCAAGGGUAAACUCAGGUGACGUUUGAAACAUUUCAGCAACCCUCCCCAACAUCUUCUAUCAGUGUUUAAGCUCUCCUCGCUAUCAUUUAGCUUCAUUUUCCCUAUGCAGUUUUUCGAAGCACUUUUUAUUUUGUCAGUAACAAGUUGCCAACAAACGAGCAUUUGUGCCAACCUCACGUUCCUUGUCUCUGUAAAUAUAUAUUGUAUAUGUAAGUGGCAGCCGUUUGCAGAAUGAGCAGCAAAAUUCCAGUGUUUUCCCGUCUUGUGACGUCGGGCCUUGUCUUGAAUUGUCAACCAUUCCAAAUUAUGAUGGUGGAGGCACACAUGAGCCUCCCCGUGAGAAGCUGUUAGAGCCCUUCUUCGAUGUCCUUCAUGUCAAUGUACUGUACUAGUACACGCUUUCCUCACUUGUGAGACAGUCCAGUGUAACGUAGUCUUACUAGGAUGCCAAGGUUGUCGAACUCGUAAGAAAAAGCAUGCACUAGUACAUGGAUCUUAACCAAGAUAUCAAGGAUAUUGGUUGGGGCUAGUAGUGUUGCUAGUAAGGGUUAAUUGGGUACUAGUAGGUACUAGUAGUGCCACUAGUAGAGGAAAACGGUUACUGGUAAGACAAGUCUUUCUCCUGACAUACACAUGAGCGUCCCUGCCCUGUGAAGCCGUUUUACAGCAGGGGUGGGCAACCUUUUUCCUACAAAUUUGUAAAAAAUCCUUGGAAGGCCAGACUAAAUUUGAAAUUCAAAUAUACAUAUGAGCAUUUAUGUGUUAAAUGUCUAGGGUGGGAGUGUCCCCCACCACCCCCCAAGUUCCACAUAGGUUGUAUAUGGUCCACAAACCAUGGGUUUCCCACCCCGACAAAAUAAAGAGGGUCUUGGCUCGUCUUUUUA